UGAACAUCAACAAUCACCAAUCUUGAAUCGAAAGCUUGAAAUGUGGCCCCGCGCUGCAUGACCGAGCGCGCACACAUGCAUCCGCGCACCAUCUGCUGCACGCCUUCGAGCUUUCCAACCAUCAUCAACUUGAUCAUCAGCUAUGCGUCUCUACCUCGAUGGGUAAACAAACGCCCACUCCAAUACUCACCACGCCUCUCGCGCUCACCCUCACUCUCUCUACACCAGCGAGUAGGCUGCCACGCCGCCCCGCCGCAGUCGAUCUUCGAACCCCCGAUUUUGUCACCGCUGAAGCCCAAUCCGCGUGUGGCGCUUUCAAUACGCGCUGUCCAAGCGGCGAGUGCACAUUCUUGAUUGCACACUCGGCUUAGCUGACAGGGUGCAGCAUCUUGAGCAGGCAAUUUGACAUGCGCAAGGUGACACCUUGAACAGCACACACGAUGUCGGGCAACGCAGCGGCACCACCAGAGAGAGGUCGACCUCGCAGUCGAGUCAGCUUCUCUUCCCCGCCACAGCCACAGACGCAGCUCGCUGCUGCAUCGCCAGAUGCUGAAGGCACCCAUGCAGCCUCUGCGCCACCUUCUCCAGCUUCGAGCGUGAGCAGCAGCACCACAAUUACACUGGGUAAACCUUUACCGUUUGUGGAGGAGAGAGGGCAGACAGAUUCUACUGGGGCGUUGCAAGCGACUGCAGGACAUGGUUCAGAUCAAGUAGGAUCUUCAACAUCUUCGUCUACAACUCCAUCCACGUCAUCCACGCUCACCAGUCGAUCGCUAGCGGCCCUGAGUGGCGCCAUGUCUCUCGGCCUCGGAAGCUCGGUCUCUAGCACUGCGGGCAAAGGUCACAAAGAAGCAGACCUGACGGGAAGCGACCAGUCGCUGGCAGCCUCGCAAAAGGGCAAGGCACCAGAGGGGCGCCCAAACAACCCUCGGCAAAGAUCCAAAGGGCAGAUGGAGAGGAGACGGGUUGCUGUUGGAGUCAGCGGCUCGUCGAACCCGAUCGCUACGACACUCCAAGCUUCUCCUGCGAUCGGCUCAGCUUUUGCUGCGCCCCCACUGCAAAGCGUUGGGUCCAGACACCGUGCACCUGCAACGAGCCAUGGCCAAACGCCAGCUGGACCCUCUCGCACAGCUCAAAGGCUAGGACUGGAGAGCGGACAACGCGGCCCGAGGUUGUCCGUGAGAUUACCCACGUCCGCAAGCCCUUCUGUACCUCCAACAUCAUCUUCAAGCUCGACGCGCGACACGCCGAGAAGGAGCGCAGAGGACGAGGAGCUGAAGCGACAGAUCCGACUUGUUUUGAGUUCUGCAGGUAAUGACGUGCCCAGCCUUGGUGCAGAUUCUCGUAGCGCGUGGUCUUCCAGCACGAAUCAAGACUCGACAACAAGCGCCAGCGCCCUGACAGCUUCUAGCCCUCCCACCUUCAUCGGUGGUCUCUACUUCACAGACUGCAUCUUCAUCGCUCUAGUGUAUGGACUCAACCUGCUCAGAACUUGUUCCAUUGCCGAGCUCGGAGACGUUGUCUGCCUCGGCAUCGUAUAUCUUUUCUUUAAGCUGCCACGAAACUUGGCGCGCAGGCGGACUUUGAAUCCCGACGCUGGCGAUGCGAUACGUCCCGGUGACCGCCCAGCGAAGUUGUCGGCUUUUCACCAUACCAUGCUGCUGCUUGUCCGAUUCAUGUGCGGCUGCUUCCCUCACCUCUUUCCUAGGAUCUUGUUUGCCGAGCAGACUAUCGGACCUUUCGUAUACUGGAGGACCGGAGGAGGCAGCGCGGAUCUGGUCAGAGCGUUCGAUGCUGGGCUGCAAUCGUCACCAAGCAAGGCGUCGAGGAAUGGGAAAGAGAAGGCGCAGCGAGAGGGAGAAAGUUUCAGCAGUCAUAGCCGGAGAAGGCUGGCAGCACCUGGAUUCAAAGCUUUUGAAUUCUCCACACGACCUCAAGCGAGCAGUCCACAAAAGUUGAACGCGGGCGCAUCGCCAACCACACUUUUCUAUCUCCACGGCGGCGGCUUCUCCCUAGGCAGCGUGGCAUUUUAUGCAGAGGCGCUGAUACGUCUCAGAAACAAGCUUUCCGCGUUGGAGACAGCUAAUUCGACGAGCGAUCAUGAAGCGAGGGUUGUUGCUGUGGAGUACUCGCUGUCUCCCACGUCGCUCUUUCCCGUUCAACUCCUUCAAUGCCUCAGGUGUUACGCUCACCUCAUCGAAAAGGAGGGUCAGGACGCGAGCCGGAUUUGCAUCGCUGGAGAUUCUGCGGGAGGCAAUUUGGCCAUGAGUCUGUUGCUCGUCUUGAGCGGAGCAGUCAAAGAAGAGAGGCUGAAUGAGAGAGACUGGACGCAGCUACCUCUGCCCGGCAAGGCGCUGUUGAUCAGCCCGUGGACCGACCUUCGUCCCCACUCAAGUCUAGCGCUCUCCGCUGACGUCCAACGUCGACGCCAAGUGAAGGGCUUCCACUGGGACUACGUUACUUCGCACGCCCUGCAACACUUUGCCCAAGUAUACACAGGCGCGCUGGACAGACCCAGGAGGGUCGCUGGUCCACUUGGCUACGUUGCGCGACUGUCCACUUUCGGUCAGCGGAUUGGACAGCCGACAUCUGCACGGCGAACUUCUAGUUCUGGCAGCUCGCCCGACUCCAAGCGAGGCAACGGCGGGGGACAUUCAAGAAGGAAAAUGCCCAAAAAUGGUCCAGCUGCCCAGCACAGCCUCGUCAGCACACUUGCAACGCCCAUCGUCGCACUCUCACGCUUGUUGCACACGAUGCUGAGUGAGCCUUUGUUCGUGUUGAUAGGCGCAGCGAACGGACAGGCACCUCAUUCUACCGAGCCGACCAUUGGCAUCCAUGACGAUCCAGAGGGCAGCGGACUUGACCCUCUCUUUCCAGCGGAUGAGAGGUCUUGCGACAUUGUCACGAGUUCGCAGGACCUUUCGCGACGUAUGGACGACCCCAAGAGCGCCUUCAUACAUCCAGAAGCGCGCGAUCUCCUCGAAAAUAAUCCGCUCAUCUCUCCUGCCAAGGCCGACUGGACGCUCGUACCGCCUCUGGAGGGAGGCAUGUACGUCACGUGGGGCAAACACGAGACGCUGGCUUAUGAUAUCCAGGAGUGGGUAUCGAGGGUCCGGGAUGGGUAUGCGAGCAGUCAUGCGGAUCAAGCUAGCGUUGUUCCGCAGGCGCCUGACCAGGACAAAGACGAGCUGAGCCCAGUCUUCAAGCAGACUGGACUAGCAGACACUGCGGAUUUGGCGCCCGGAAGCGCGAUGGACAUUGCUCGAUUGCAAGCUGAGCGCGCAGUGCAAAGCCACAUUGAGCGCGGAGCGGGCGGUGUGCAUGCCUGGCCGUUUGUAAACAUGUACCUUGCUUCAUCUCAUGCAGAACGCGAGCGAGGACUCGACCUGCUUGCGCAGUUCAUAGCAAACCCGUCGCCAAAGACGCCAGUGGCUCCCGAAGGACAAGGUCUGGCUUUGCACCUAGGAAGUCCAGCAUCCAGUCAUGAAUCAGUGCGGCUAGCUUCAUCAGAGAAGCCCAGCUUGGCCCAAUCUCUUGCGUCGAUGAGUGUGCCAGCUAAUACUGAUGCUGACGUGGAUCUGCAAGCUGCGACGGAUGUCGACCCCGUCACUGGCAUUCCGUUGUACUCGCCUGGCUCAAUGCCCAGCGACACGGGCGAGGGUUUGUUGUACUCUUCGGAGGACAACUCCAACUCCCAGUCGGACGGAGGUCUAGACGAAGACUCAAUGGAAGGCGACGACGGGAAUGGACACGGAGAGUCUCGCGAGGAUGAGGAAGAGGAAGGAUCUGACCUUUCUUCCGGGUUGCAGACUGGACCUGGAAGAUCUCGCGACGCGGCGCAAGGUGGCUCCGGAGACGUCUAUCUCAUGCCUGUCCACUUGUCUCGUCCUUCCGACAGCGGCUUAAGGAGCAGUGUAGUGGCCUCUGCUGCUCCUGUCAAUGCUUGGAUGGCGAGCUCCAGCUCAACAGGCGCCGCUGCCCUCCCCGAAGACCUGAAUCCGAGCUACUUUGGUCUGUCCCACUACUCCCAACCGAGAAUGCAUUCGACCACCUUGGGCCUGCACGAUCCCAAUAGAGACCCGAGAAUGGCGCGCAUCACACACCAUCCGGUGGAGCCGGAAGGUCUGUCAGACAUCGCUGAGGAGGAUUCGGUACUGUCGGGAAGCGUGAUGAGCGAUGGGUUUCAAGGUGGGCCUCCGGCGUCGAGUGCGCAACACUCUCUCUAUGCCCCUGCAUCGGGCACCACCAAUCCUGCUGCGCGUCAAGAUCUCAGACUGAAUACGCGCGCUGCUACACAUGGCAGGACACAGUCCCCGCCCUCGGAAGGAGAGCAAAGCGGAAUGGAGGUCGACUCGGCAGAGGAGGUCUUCUCCCCGAUCGAUAGUCCGGCCGGAGCUUUUAGCGAUGAGGAGAGCGAAACGGUUGGACAUGCUCGCGGGCCCAGCUCUUCCGCUUCGACGUCGGCAUGGAAGAGCAGCGCGGACCUUGCCCAGCCAUCGCUUUUGUCCGAGCAGCAAGAGAAUGCGCGGUCAGAGGAUGCGGUGGAGUUGCAGGGUGAACUUGAUGCUUCUACAAUUCGCUCUACGCCAAAAAAGAAAUCGAAGGCGGAUGUUUGGUGGUAAGGGUCUGUGGCUUCCCUUAGCUUUCUCGCUGUAGAUCGCAAUGUCAACCUUCCCUGCAAAGCAGAAACGCUGCUAUUGCUUCUCUUCUGCGCCCAUUCUCACGACUCUUUACGUACAGACCCGGACUAGACUCACCUGAACACUGUGCAAGACAUUUCCUCUGUUGUUCUUUCUACUACUGCAAUUGGUUUCACGAUUUGUG